CUCCAUGGCUGCGUGAGCGACUGCUAAGGCCAUGGCUGUGACAAACCAACCACGCCCACCUUGGUCUCGACCUUGUUCCGUACGCACAGCAUCGCAUGAAAGACAGCCCAGUCCCUGCUGUCUUUGCCUCUCCGAGUUCUGCCCGAUCUUAAUUACUUGCUGCAUCAACCGUAGACCGCCCUUGGACGAAUCCAGACCUGCUGUCGUCGAAGGACACAGAAGAGUGGAUUUUUGCCAUAACCCAAAGCAGAAAGGUAUGUACCCGGUUACUGUCGGCAAGAUCAGAGCUUCCUCGUGGCAUCACAACGGCCAGAGAUUCUACCGUACCUCGGUUCAGGUUACCCGGAUUACUUUAGUCCAGAAGGAUUUGGAGCGGACACUUUUGACUUCACCCUACGUGUACGUUGCCGCGGCAUGUUGCCGAAGGAUGCAGCUGACACGGCAUGUAAGCGUCGGUCGAAGGGAAUGGGUUGAUUGCCAGAGAGAAUUCAGAGUAUGAAAAGGCUGCAAGAAAGAAAAAAGAGAUAAAAGAAAGUAGGUAUAGCAAGUAGUGCUGACUAAGUUCGCGCUAAGAAAUAGGGAAGAGCUUCGUCUACUGCGACUCCAAUAAUUUUGCGAAAUAAAAUGUUUGUUAUUGCCUGCAACAAUCCAUACAUCUAGCGAAUGCAAUGACACGAUAUUGUUAGGUAAGUCUCUUAGAAGUCGCCGACGGUUCACGAUAUCCUCAUCAUCUCUAUCAA